CGUGAAAAUGAACCACCAGCUCUUACUGACUCUAGCACUGCUGCUCAAAAAGAACAUUAUGCUAGGUGGGAGAGAUCUAAUAGGCUAUGCAUCCUUGCCUUUAAGAGGUCAAUUGCUGAGCACCUCAAGAAUGGCUUGCCUGAAACUACCAAUGCUAAGAAAUUUCUUGCUCAAGUUGAAGAAAGGUACCUUGUAUCCAAUAAGGCUGAGACCGAAGAUCUAAUGAGUAAACUCGCGGGGAUAAAGUAUGAUAAUUCUGGGGGGGUUAGAGAUUAUAUACUUAAGAUGGUCCACAUCCAGUCGAAACUGAAAGCUCUUGACAUAACUCUUCCUGAUCCUUAUAUUGUUCACUCUGCACUUAACUCCUUUACCUGCUGAGUUUAGCCAAAUGAAAACUGCCUAUAAUACUCAAAAUGAAGCUUGGUCAAUCAAUGACCUUAUCUCUAAAUGUGUUGUUAAAGAGGAGAAAAUUAGAAGAGAGAAGGGUCAGAUAGCCUUGUUUGUUUCCCAUGAUUCCAAAGCUAGCUCUAGUAAGGGGCCUAGGAAGUUUCAAAGAUCUAAUAAUCAUACUUUUAAGAAGGGUCAGGACACCAAAAGACAUGGUAAAGAUCAGACCGAAUAUCCUGGGGUUAAUAACGCAGUUUUUAAGAAAAAUAAUAAUUGCUUCUUUUGUAAGAAACCUGGUCACAAGCAAAGAGAUUGUGUCAAAUUCCAUGCCUGGAUAAAAAAGAAGGAGACAAAAGAAGGGGUUCACAAACAAAAGGAAGCCAAAGGAAACAGAGUCAAAAAUUAGAGUCGCCACAGAUGUCCAAGUUGAAGUAGAGUUCAUAGGAACAGUAGUUUUAGACUUAGAAACUGGUUUUAAACUUGUUCUGGAAAACACUUUUU